UGGGAGGGCUGUGGACAGCGGUUCCCAAUCCCGUCGCUAUUGUCGUCACACAUCGCCUCUAAACACACCAAAGAGAGGGCCUAUAAGUGCGAAGAGUGCGGCAAACGGUUCACAACCGCUCAUUACCUGCGAGAUCAUCAAGUGAUCCACUCCUCGACCAAGAGGUAUAAGUGCGACCAAAUUGGCUGCCAUUUUGAGACACGACAUCAGUUCCAACUGAAGACACACCGAAUGAGACACACACUGAAAACGCCGCCCUAUCCGUGCGAAAUCGCCGGAUGUAAUAAAGCUUAUUAUACUGCGGGUCAGCUCAAAGUGCACGUCAAGUCACGCACUCAUAACCCGGACUACAGGCGCCGCAAAGUGGUCAACAAAUAUCGGUGCGAAUGGACGGGUUGUACGAAAGCCGUCCAAUCGCGGGCCCUAUUGGAGACACACGUUCGCGAGAAGCACACCAAUGAGCGGCCGUUUGUGUGUAAGUGUGGCCGCGCCUUCACCACCGAGAAGUACCUACAGUUGCAUAUGAAGACCCACUCGGAGGACAAGCCAUACCAAUACCAAUGCCAAUACCCGGGAUGUGAUUAUAGCGCACGACUUAAGCACAGUCUCGAUAUACACCACAGACGGCACGAAAAGAGCACACCAUUUGAGUGCACCGAAGAGGGCUGUGGCAAGAGUUUCGCCGCUAAGAAGUUACUCACCUUUCAUGUGAAGAGAGUCCAUAGCGGCCGACCCUAUGUGUGCGAUUGGCCCGGAUGU